AUGUCCCAUGGGUAUCAUUUUGACAAGGUCAACACCACCAUCAACCAUUCCCCGGCUGACAACCAAACCGGCAAAGAGCUGUCUAUUGUUCUCCCGUGGUUCAGAUGCCAGAUCUCCCAGGCCUUGAAUGGUGUCUCAGACAAAGCUAAAGAUGCCAAAGAGUUCCUGGUUCAACUCAAGAACAUGCUUCAGCAGAUACAGGAGAACGGUGUGGAGUUUGAAGCUUGCCUUGUGGCGCAGUGUGACUCUUUGAUCGAGGCGCUCACCAGACAGAAAGCCAAACUGCUCACCAAAGUCACCAAGGAGAAGGAGUACAAGCUGAAGGUGGUGCGUGACCAGAUCACCCACUGCACCAUGAAGCUACGUCAGACCACCGGCAUGAUGGAGUACUGCCUGGAAGUCCUCAAAGAGAACGAUCCCAGUGGAUUCCUCCAGAUCUCAGAUGCUCUGAUCAAGCGGGUGACAUCCUCUCAAGACCAGUGGGUAAAAGGGGCCCUGGAGCCAAAAGUAGGCCCUGAGUUUGACCUCACCCUCAACACUGACUCGCUGCUCCAGACCAUCCUGCAGCUGGACUUCUGCCAGGGAAAAGAUGUGCAGGAGAGUCCGUUAUUGAAACAAAUGCAGGCAGCAGACAGUGGUGAGGCUGAGAUGGAGACAGAGAGCCCAGGAGUGGAGUCUGGACCUCAGGUGCCGGUGGCUCCUCUGCUGCAACUGGAGAAGUGCUGCACCAGGAACAACAGCGCCACCCUGGCCUGGAGGGUAACUGCGCCCCCUAGCAACCCCAUUGAGGGCUACAUCUUAGAGCUGGAUGAUGGCAACGGAGGACAGUACAGGGAGGUAUAUGUGGGGAAGGAGACAGUGUGUACGGUGGACGGCCUCCAUUUUAACAGCUCCUACAAUGCCAGAGUGAAAGCCUACAAUACCAUCGGUGUGGGGCCGUACAGCAAGACUGUGGUACUAAAGACCUCGGAUGAAUAUUCUGCCAGAGAAAUACUGCAGAGAGUGAAAAGUGUGCCAACCAACCCCGGUCUCCCCUUCACAGGGAUGCAGAGAGAAGUGGCUUGGUUCACCUUUGACCCCAGCACAGCCCAUCGGGACAUUGUUCUGUCCAAUGAAAACCAGACAGUCUCUUGUAACAGCUAUGAUGACCGUGUGGUGCUGGGAACUGCUGCUUUUUCCAAGGGCACCCACUACUGGGAGGUCAGGAUCGAUCGUUAUGACAACCACCCGGACCCUGCGUUUGGCGUGGCGAGGAUCAACACCAUGAAAGACAUGAUGCUGGGGAAAGAUGACAAGGCGUGGGCCAUGUAUGUGGACAACAACCGCUCCUGGUUCAUGCACAACAACUCCCACACCAACAGGGCGGAGGGAGGCAUCACUAAGGGUGCAACUGUGGGCAUCCUGCUGGAUCUGACCAAACACACACUAACUUUCUUCAUCAACAAGGAGCAGCAUGGACCUACUGCCUUUGAGAGCCUGGACGGGGUGUUUGUACCAGCUGUCAGCCUCAACAGAAACGUACAGGUGACCUUACUGACGGGCCUGGAGGUGCCAAAGAAUAUCAAACAGUAGGACAUCUGUCCUCCCUCCGAGCAUGCUGUGGAUAUAAACCAACUAUGUCAUGUGCAGUUGGCUUAUGUGUGGACCUUUUCCAGUCACGUCAGGUUGGAUUUACCCUUCUCCUAUCCUUCUCAAGGUGCCCUUUGUCUUGGAUACUUCAAUGUGAAACCCUGCUACGUAAUUUGGGGCAAUGAAUAAAUAUGAGAUAUUAUUGGCUAUAAAUAAAUAAUAAUAAAUAAAUGACGCUUGUGGA